GUGUGACUGAGUGUCCUGGGGAAGAUACAGACAACUUGAGAUUUUGUAUUUCAACAGAACAUUUUGAGUGAAGAAGACAAUGUUUCUACAUCAGGAAUUAUUCUGCUUUGACAGAAAUAUAAAGAUUUUUCUGGAGUAAAGCCAAGGUGGUAUAAUAUUUUGAGGACAUUGGAACGUCCCAAAAAAGGAAGUGGUUGCUGAUAUGUGUUCAAGAUGAGUGGGAUUGGAGACAGCUCCUCUGACCCAACCAGGGCAGAGCAGAGAAAGCGCAAAGAAUGUCCAGACCAACUGGGACCCAGCCCCAAAAGAAGCACUGAAAAACGAAACCGAGAGCAGGAAAAUAAGUAUAUUGAAGAACUUGCUGAGCUGAUAUUUGCACAUUUCAAUGUGGAUAAUUUUAAUGUCAAGCCCGACAAGUGCGCAAUCUUGAAAGAAACUGUAAAACAGAUUCGUCAGAUUAAAGAGCAAGAAAAAGCAACCGCUUCCAGUGAAGAUGAAGUACAGCAGUCUGAUAUAUCAUCUACAGGCCAAAGUGUCAUUGACAAGGAUGCUCUUGGACCAAUGAUGCUUGAGGCAUUAGAUGGCUUCUUCUUUGUUGUGAAUCGGGAAGGUAAUAUUGUGUUUGUGUCUGAAAAUGUGACCCAGUACCUGAAAUACAACCAAGAAGAGUUGAUGAACACCUGCGUAUACAGCAUACUACAUGUUGGGGACCAUGCAGAAUUCAUCAAAUACCUGCUUCCUAAGUCUUUAGUUAAUGGUGUACCUUGGCCCAGUGAAAAUCCAAGAAGAAACAGCCACACUUUCAUCUGUCGCAUGCUGGUAAAGCCACCUGUUGAUUCCGAUGAGGAAGGCCAUGACAACCAGGAAGCACACCAGAAAUAUGAAAAUAUGCAGUGUUUUGCUGUUUCCCAGCCAAAGUCCAUCAAAGAGGAAGGUGAAGAUCUGCAAUCGUGUUUGAUCUGUGUUGCGAGGAGACUUCCUAUGAAAGAAAGACCGUCUCUCUCUCCACCAGAGACCUUUACUACUCGUCAGGAUUUACAAGGCAAAAUAACAUCUCUGGACACCAGUUCGAUGCGGGCAUCAAUGAAACCUGGCUGGGAGGACUUAGUGAGGCGAUGUAUUCAGAGGUUUCAUUCACAGAAUGAGAGGGAGAUUUCACUUGCUAAGCGGCAUCAUCAUGAUGUGCUGAGACUAGGCCAAAUAUCCAGUCCAGUUUAUCGUUUUUCUUUGUCUGAUGGGACUUGCGUUACUGCCCAGACAAAGAGCAAACUUAUUCGAUCCACCUCAACUAAUGAGCCUCAGCUUGUUAUGUCACUGCAUAUUUUGCAGAGAGAUCCCAGAGAACCAAGUUUGUGUGGAACAAACCAAGAUCUGGGUGGUCAAACAAUGAUCAAGCCGGUUAAUCCUGUCUCUUGUAACAUCCCAGCCAGCCAGGUUUUAUCUUCUGGGAAUCCAGGUCAAGAUAUGAAUGUAAACAGCAAUAUGAACUUUGCAGUGAAUGGCCCAAAGGAGCAAGGAGUAAUGGGACCGAUAUCAAACAGCAGGCCAUUUGGUUCAGGAGGAACGAAUGCAGCAAGCAUGCAAGCAGCCAUUUCUCAGGGUAGUAACUAUGCACUCAAGAUGAGCAGUCCCUCACAAGGCAGCCCUGGGAUGAACCCAGGCCAUCAGAGCUCCAUGCUGUCCCCUAGGCAUUGUAUGAGCCCUGUAAUGGUGGGCAGCCCUCGAUUCCCAUCCAGUCAGUUCUCUCCUGCAGGAUCCUUAAAUUCACCAGGUGGAGUUUGCAGUAGUACAGGAAAUAGCCAUAGUUAUACCAACACUUCUCUUAAUGCACUUCAGGCCCUCAGUGAAGGUCACGGGGUCCCUCAUGUGACAUCUUUGGCUUCACCUGACCCAAAAAUGGGCAGUGUACAGAAUUCUCCUGUAAAUGUGAAUACUUCUCAAUUAGCUAAAAUGAGCAGUACUGACUCAAAAGAUUCAUUUGGAAUGUUGUUGGAGCAUGUUCAACCUGAAAGUACAGCAAGCCAAGUGGGGAGCAGCUGCCAUUCUGUAGAACAGAAAGAUAACUGUGAUAACCUAAAUCAUUUCAGCACUGUUGAGAGAUCUGAGGGCCAGAAUAGACUGCAUGAUGGCAAAAGCCACACAAAGCUGUUGCAGCUACUCACUACAAAAUCGGAGCAGAUGGAUCCUUCAUCAAUGGCAAACACCAUGGGGGACCCCAACAGCAAAGACUCUUCAGGAGUGGUGUCAGCAGCAGUGACAUCCUCUUCAGGACAUGCAAAUUCCCUCAAGGAAAAGCAUAAAAUUUUGCACAGACUUCUACAGGAUAGCACUUCCCCUCUGGACUUGGCCAAACUUACAGCGGAGGCCACUGGCAAAGAACUUAAUCAGGAAUCUAGCAGUACAGCUGGUUCUGAUAUACCAAUAAAACAGGAGCCAGCAAGCCCUAAAAAGAAAGAUAAUGCACUACUUCGCUAUUUAUUGGAUAAGAAUGAUACUGAAGAAAUUGGUUUAUCAGAACUUACUAAACAAGAGCGGUUGGACAGUAAGGUUAACUUUGCCACUAGCACAAAGCUGAAAACGUUAAAGGAGGAGUCAAGCUAUGAUUCAAAUGACCAGCAACAGCCAAGCAGUGAUCUAGAAGACAUACUUGAUCACUUGGAAAAAAGUCAGUUGAGACAACUGUAUUCAGAUUCUGGCUUGGGGGCAACAACUGGUUCAGUAGACAAACAAGCCAUCAUUAAAGACCUUAUGCAGCUCACAAGUCAGAGCAGUCCUGUUCCUUCACUUGCAUCACAGAAACAAGCCGUGGGCAUGCCACCCAGCAAUUUUACUGGUGCUUGUGUAUCACAAACCAACAGAGUAGCACCUAACCAGAGUAUGCCAUUGGAAGUUAAUAUGCCAUCUCAGACUGGGACUAGCCCUUUCCCACCAGUUCGAAACACUAGUCCAUAUACAGCAAUGUCGCAGCCAGCAGUGAUGUCAAGUCAAACAGUGAUGGUAAAUCAAGGCAAUCUGGCAAACAAUACUGCAGGAAUGAGUGCUGGUAAUAACCUUCGACCAGGCAUGCCACGAGUGGAUUGGAGUUCCCAGGUUACUGCUACCAGAAGUACCAGCACAACAGUAGCAUCUGGUGCCAUUAGCAGACCAGUGCCCAGUGGUCUCAACCGUAAUACUGCAUCAGGGAUCUCUGUUGGACCUAGCAGUCAACCAGGCUCACGGCCAGUGCUUCAGUCUCAAAUUAUGGGGCCUUCUGACUUGGAUGUUAACCCUCCAUUUAGUCAGCAGCAGCAGGCCCCACCCAAUCAGACUGCACCUUGGCCAGACAGCAUAAUGCCGAUAGAGCAAGGACCGUUUGCAAAUCAGAACAGGCAAUCAUUUGGCAGUUCAACAGAUGAACUUUUAUGUCCUGCUCCUGCACCGGAAGCCACUAUAGACGAAGGAACUCUUCUUGCUCAAUUGUACUUUGCACUGAAGAACUAUGAUCUAGAAGAAAUAGACAGGGCCCUUGGAAUACCAGAGCUAGUCAGUCAGUCUCAUACCAUUGACCAAGAGUCCUAUUCAAGUCAAGAACAGAAUCUAAUGGUCGAACAAAAGCCACCAGUUUACAGCCAGCCAUAUGCAACUCAGCCUCAGAUGACACAGGGCAACUAUCCAGCCAUACAGGAUCCAAGCUUUCAUCCUAUGCCAAAUCAGAUGGGGCAACGACAUGUUUAUGUACGGAUGUCAAGACCUCCUAUCAGGCCUCAUGUCAUUCCCAACCAACCAAAUCAGCUGAGACUUCAGCUUCAACAUCGUCUCCAAGCGCAGCAGAAUCGUCAGCCGAUCCUGAAUCAGAUAAACACCGUUUCAAACAUGAACCUAACUUUAAGAGCUGGUGGGGUACAGACACAGGGAACGGUUAAUGCACAGAUGCUGGCCCAGAGGCAGCGGGAUAUGCUGAACCAGCAGCUGCGACAGCGGCAGAUUAUGCAACAACAACAACAAGUGCAGCAACGAGCCAUGAUGAUGCGAGGGCCAGCACUCAGUAUGACACAAAGCAUAGCAACCACUGGUGGCAUGGCAGGUUCCUUAAGUAACCCACGGACUCCUCAGGCAAAUCCACAGCAAUUUCCAUACUCUCCAAGCUAUGGUACAGGACUUACAUCUCCACCACCCUCCACCAGUCCUUUCUCCCCAAUGUCCCCCAAUCCUGGGUCACAGCUCGUUUCUCACAGCUCCUUGCAUGGCUCCCAGAUGAAUCUGGCUAACCAGGGAAUAAUGGGAAAUGUGGGAGGACAGUUUGGGCCUGUUAUGAGUCCCCAAAUGCAGCACAGUACCUUCCAGUUUCCCAACUCAGGGAUGAGUCAGAAGCCAGAUACUGGAUUUGGGGGUGCCACAGCUCCUCAGAGUCCACUGCUGUCUCCAAGACUUAGUGUUACUUCGACUCCCAUGAUGCAGCAGUCCCAGGCCACACCUACUUAUCAGCCAUCAGCAGAGAUUAAUGGAUGGGCACAAGGGAGCAUGAGUGGAAACAACAUGUUUACUCAACAGUCUCCACCUCAGUUUGCGCAACAAGCCAGCACUGGCAUGUAUAACAACAACAUGAACAUCAGUGUAUCCAUGGCAGCCAGCUCUGCUGGUAUGAACAGCAUGACCCAGAUGUCAGGGCAGAUCAGCAUGACCUCAGUGACCUCUGUGCCUACGUCAGGGUUGUCCUCCUUGGGUCCCGAGCAGGUAACCGACCCUGCAUUGAGGGGAGGCACCCUUUUCCCAAAUCAGCUGCCUGGACUGGAUAUGAUCAAGCAGGAAGGAGAUGUGUCUCGGAAAUUUUGCUGAUGGUCAGAACUGGUGGGUGAUCCUGCAUUGAGCAGUUCAGCCAGCUUAAAUGUUUACUGACUUGGAGAGCCAUUCAGACCAACUAGCCAGUUCUGCUGCUAGAGCAGGCUGAGGUGAACUGAGCAGCUGGAAUUUGGCUCUGUUUCUCACUGAAGAUAAAGUUGUUGCCCAUACCCAAGGAACAGCCUGUGCUUAAGAUUCUAAAGCAAGUGUAUAGUCUUUCACUGCAUUCACCGUAGUGCAACUUAGACCUCCUGGGAGAAGACAACGUGGGUAUGGAUGAACAGAAGUGUCAGACUGCAUCCUAUGAAUGUAUUACUUCAAGACAGACACAUGCCCCAAUCUGUUACCAACACUGGUUGCUUUUUUGGAUCAUCUAACCCAUUGUGUGAAAGCUUAUCCUUGCGUUUCCCACUGACCAGUGUUUUACACUAAGACUUUUUGUUUGUUUGUUUGAUAAGGGUGUGCUGUGUAAAACAAAAAAAAAACUGAAUAAGCUGAGUGAUUGCAAAAAGGAUAUUAUUUUAAGAAAGUCGUUCAGCUGGUGGUUUGCGUUUAUGAAAGCUCUGGAUGCACUAGCCUGUAAACGGGUUGUUAAAUAAUGGGGUUAAUUAUGUUUUCAUUUAUUGAAAAGUGAGUAUUUGAAACAAGGUGGUCAUACAUACAAAGUUUAAUGAAGUGGAAGUCUGGAAGAUACUUUUGUGUGCCUCAAAGCACUAGCCAUAUAUUUUAUUUAAAUAGUCUUGCAGGUUUACCCAGUGUUCACACAUUGUUUUAGUUUCCUUGGAAUAAGAAAUUUAAAAAAAAAACUAGCAGGCAGUCUUUUUUUUUUUCUUAAAAGGUCACGUGAACAAGUUUCUUGAUCCUUGCAGACUUUUCUGUAUAUUUAUUGGAGUGACAAGGAAAACAUUUGUCAGAUGUUUUUCUAUGUGCUUACAUCUGUUGCCUAGAGUGGCAGAAAACAGGUGGUUAUGGUUUGCCUAUGAGAGGAUGUAACUAGGUGGAAAUUCCUGUAUAGACAUCUGAAAGCAAAGGAAUACUCUGAAUAUCUGAGCACAGUAAGAGGCACAUACAUAUUGUGGACUUGAACAGAUUAAGGACUUAAAGUACCAUUUUGUUGACCUGUAACAUGAAGCUUGGAGUUUGUAACAAAAGUUACUUUUUUUUCUGUCAUAUUCAUGUUAUAUCUUCUGAUCAUAUUAUGUAUAUAUUUUCUGUGGUUGCCAGCCUGCUGUAGAAUGAUGUCCAUCGUUUAAAAUUUGAACUUCAUUGAAAAAGCAUUAACUGUUUUCUGGUAGAGCUUGUGCAAGAGAAAGGAGAGUACUAGCCCACCAAGACUUCGGAAGCACUAGUGUGAAUACCUGAUAAAAACAGUUGAUUAUUUUUCAGUUCACAAAAAUGCUGAAGUUCAGCAGUCAUUACAGACGACAGCUUGCUUAUAAACCUUCAGCUUAUCUAUCCAUAUAAAUUUUAACAGCCAUAUUUUGGUUAUUUCUUGCUACAAUGCACUUGUAAAAUGGCAUUUUUGAUGGAAUGCAAGAUGAGUGUAAGUUACAUAAAAUGACUUUGUAUGUAAUCAAGCAAUAACUUUUAUUUGGGAGAUUUUCUGUUUUACAUAGUUCAGUUUUAGUAAAGCAAAUGUGGCAUUAAUUUAAGAUUUGACACUUCAGUAUUAAUGGGGCUGUAUUGAUAGCAGUGUGUCUAUCCAAACAGAUGCAAAUGUAUAUGCAUAUAAUGCCUUUAGUUGGUUUGUGUGAAGGGCCUGAGAUUUGGUUUGGGUUUUGGCAAAAUAUUUGCUUUACAAAGAAAAAAGGCACACUUGCUGUUUAAACUACUUGUAGGCCAUCAGAGUUUCCAUCUGUGUGCAUUCUGUCUUGGCAGGAACAUGUUAUGCUUGUUUUUUCAUGUCUUUCUGACUUGGCUACUUAAACAGGCUGCUGGUUGUUAGACUAGAAUACCUGUGAACUGGCAGCAUCUUAAGAUGAAGUAUACCCUAAUAGAAAACAUUAUUUUGCUAUCUUAGUUUAUUGAUGAAGGGAUGCAUUUCAUUUAAAGGUGAAAAUAAGGGAAUCAAGAUGGCAUGCCCUUUUAGUUCACUAACCAUAUUACAUCACUGUAUGUUCAUUAGUUGACUUCUCAAAAUGUCAUCUAUUAUUAACAACAAGUUCUAAUGCAGAGCUGCAACUUCACUGUAUAUUUAUUUGCAACCCCAUUUUGCAGACUUGGAUCUUCAAGACAGUGUGAUACAUGGUAUUUUAGCAACUCCAUGCAAGCAAAACAUUGCUGCUGUUGACCACCAGUAAUCCACUUUGUUUUUUUUUUUUUUAAAUCACUCAAAAUGUUAGGGGAAGAAAUGGCAGUGCAGAGGGUGCUUGUUGGACAGAGUACGUCUUGAUAAAAUGUGUAUACGAAGUCACAGCAGUACAUUCUGAGAGUGGUCGUCUCAUCUUAUGAUGUUGACUAAGUAUUUGUAUUCUAGUUCACUUUAAAUUAUGGUUAUUUGUAGUACUAGUUAGACUCACUAGCCCAGGUCAAUAACUGGUUGCUUCUAAGUUAAUUUUUGUUGUAAAUUGAUGGUUAAAAUGCCCAUCCUAUUUUGUGAAUAGUAGAGUUUAUUUAACUUAUUGUACAGGGCACUGGGGGGCAGCUUGGGUUUGUCCUAGUUUUCUGGUUGCUUCAGACAAAAAAGCAAAUUUUUGGUCCACUUCAUGGCCUGAACUCUUUCUGAUCAUAUUGAUCAGGUGUAUAAAGGACUUCCUUCCUCUGCAGUAUUUCCCAUCUUGUACAGCGAUCUUUUGUCAAUAAAAUAAUUUUAUUUGUGAAUAUCACAACAGUCACUUUCAGUGUUUUAAUUUUAAAUGUGAAAGAGGCACAUAAUGUGAAAGGGUUGUAUACGUAGACAAAGAGUUUGAACCUAUUCAAGUAUUAACAUAAUGUGUUAAAUUUAAAAAAAAAUCUGUUUUCAUUAAACUAAUUGAUUUUUAUUGAAGGUUUGAUACUAUCCCAGUCACUACUUUCUUGGCCUGGUUAAAUCUGAAACAGCGUUUUGCAGUUUUAUGUAUCACUUUAGUUAAUGUGCGUGUUUGAAAAGAUGGAGUUCUGUGCUUUGUAUAAUGAACAGCACAGUUCCAUUUGCAGAACCCAAAGAUACACAAUCAAUUUUAAAAUGCAACUUAAGCCAUUAAAUGUCAGUGUGAUUUUAAAAAUUUUCUAGUAUUUGUAAGGAGUUGUAUGGUAUGCUACCUAGGAGCAAAAAGCAUUCUCUGCACAAUACCAUGCUGGCUUUGAUUUCUUUGAACUAUCUCCCUACUGUUCCUUUGGAAAUAGAUUUUCAUUGUUUUCUAAUACCUGUCAGUUUCUUAGUACUGGUAAAGCUAAGUGCAACAACCUCAAAAUGCUAAAACCUAGCAUAAUGCCUUAGAUCUCUUUUUAAGUCUUGUAUAUUACUACACAGCUGUCUGUUGUAUUAUAUUUGUAUAGUGAAUUGUGUACAAUUUUUUUUUUAAACAAGUGUGUCACCACUUGUUUAUGUUGUUGAAUAGAGAUGAUGAACCCCUUCUUGAAACAUAACUAUUCUUUUUCAUGUUUUGUUAUUUUUGUGAUAAGUUGUGGGUUAUUUGUACAAUUGUUUCUGAUGAACUUGCGUAUGAAAUGUAAAUGAACAGAUGCUACAAGGGUAUAAUUAAGCAAUAUGUAAACUAUGGUUCUUCAGGAGAAGCUUACAGUGUCAUAGGUUGCAACUUACUUUACAAAUUGAGUUCACACUAAAAACCACCUUGUUCACUCGCAUCAAUGUUUGUAUUUCUAGUGUGAGCAGUUUAUGCAAAGUUAGGUAUAUUCAGAGAAAUUUUAAAUACAUUUAUGCAAGUUAAACUAAUAUUGCUUUGCUGAUGCUGUUUGCUUAUUUGAUGUUAAAUAAUACUAUUGUAAAUAAGAAUUCUGUUAUUGCAACAUUUAAUAAAUUUCAGACCGUUGGGUUUUACAUGGG